AUGUUUGGUCCAACUUGUGAGGUUUUACUUAAAACUAUUGAAAAUGGCACCGGUGCAAUCAAAGGCAACACAGAUUUAGCAUAUGAGUCUAUUACUACAUUGGAGUUCAUUUUUGUUCUUCAUCUCGAGAAAGAAAUAAUGGAGAUCACUGAUUUACUUUGUCAAGAUUUACAAAGACAAACUCAAGAUAUUUGUAAUGCAUUAAGGAUAGUUGCAUCUACCAAAUUGUUAUUAAAAAAAAUGAAAGAUGAAAGAUGGGAUGGUUUGCUCUCUCCUGUUAAGUCAUUUUGUCAGGAACACAACAUUGAUAUCCCUGAUAUCUCUUUUCCCUACUUUAGUAUAGGGGAUCGAGCUCAUAAUGAGUGUAGUGAUAAUACACUUGAGCAUCAUUACCAAGUGGAUAUAUUUUGUGAAGUAGUUAAUUAUCAAAAAAUGGAACUAAAUCAUCGAUUCAACGAUAGCUCAACGAAGUUGUUUCGACUUUCAACAACUUUAGAUCCUAAAAGUGUUGAUGAGUCUUUUCAAAGUAAUGAUAUAAUAAAGUUAGUAGAUAAUUUUUAUCCUGAAGAUUUCAAUGAACAAGAGAAAGCAGUUUUGAAGAUACAACUUCAACAUUAUGAGAUUGAUGUCGUUCAACAUGCAGAUUAUAAACUAUUGACAUCUAUGCCCAGAUUUUGUCAAUGGUUGAUAAAGACUAGAAGAGUAGCGAACUUUCAUCUUAUUUAUCGAGUAGUUAGUCUCAUACUUACUCUUCCAGUUUCUACUGCUACAACAGAGAGAUCAUUUUCAACAAUGAACCUCAUUAAAACAAGGUUACAGAAAAAAAAUGGAAGACAAGUUUUUGAAUGA